GCGGCUGUUAGAUCCUGUCCAGCUUGUGGGGCGCUUGCAGAGCCUGACGUUACUUUCUGUGUGCAGAGAGAGAGACAGCAGGGGCUGCUGAAAGCUGACUGGAUCUGCUUGUCUUUCUCUCUGAGAAACUGCUGCUGGGAAAGGUUGAAUCACCUGCUGCUUGAGGAUUUUCUGUGAGAUGGAAGAUACAUGUAUUUGAUUAUUUAAAAUGUGGGAGUGAACAAGACAUCUUGAGUUAAACAAAACACUCCUGGAGUUCUACAGGAUUGAACCCUGAAUUAAGCUGCUCAGUUGUCUCACCUGACAAUCUGAUAAAACAAACAUGGAGAAUUCAGAAAAUAAACAUGUUCGCUUCUCAAAAGGACUUUCUGCUGGAGAAAGUUUGGCAGUAGAGGAGCGGAAAAUGAAGUGUGCUGAAGCAUUGGGAAAGCUGCCAGGAAUGUAUAUAUCAGAGGAUCAGGUUCCAGUCAUCGCUGUAUUAGGCUCUGGAGGUGGCGUACGUGCCAUGUUGAGUCUUUUGGGCUCAUUGUCAGGACUUCAGGAAAUCGGGGUGUUGGACUGUGUGACCUACAUUUGUGGAGUGUCUGGGUCAACUUGGGCUAUGAGUUCUUUAUGUGAAAAUCCUGAGUGGACUAAAGAUUUAGAAUCUUUAACUAAAGACAUCUGCAGUAAGAUCGUAAGACAAGAUGCUUCUUGGGAAAAAAUCAUUGACAUUAUCUUUGAGGAAGAACGUCUCCGGAAAAGAUUGGUGGAAGCUGCCAGAAAAAACGACUUCUCAUUGACAGACAUUUGGGCAGCAGCUGUCAGCUAUCUGAUUGGAAAGGAAAACACUCACUUUCUUUCAAGUCAUCAAAAAUCUGUGAAAAGAGGGAUGAACCCAUACCCAGUAUAUGCUGCCAUUGAUAAAGAAGCCUUUGACAUAAAUCAAAAGUUUCACCCAGAAAUUUGGUUUGAAUUCACACCCCAUGAAUGCGGCUUUCCAUAUUACGAAGCAUUUAUUGAAACAUGUGACUUCGGGAGCAAAUUUGAAGACCAGACUGUGACAAAAAGUCAUCCAGAGCUUGAUGUGUGUCAUUUACAAGGUAUAUGGGGCAGUGCAAUGGCACACGAGGAAACAUUGAGGCAAUAUGUAAAAGAUAAAGUAAAAGACCUCUGGAAAACUAAUGUUGAUUGUGAUACAGACCUUGUGGAUUCAAUUUUUGACUCACUACAUGGUGAAGUUGAACAAGAAAUGGGAAAUAUUACUGAGUAUACCAUGAACCAGAUAGAGGAGGCUUGUGCAGAUGAUGAUGAGUUUUCACAAUUCUUAAACAAGACAAAAGACGCCUUGUUGAACUGGAAGUUUGGAACGAGUUACAACUACCUUCAUGGUUGCCAGUGGUUCAAAAAACAAGAUAAAAACUUGAAAAACAUAAAUAAUGUGAUAAAGAAGGAGUUUGUGUCUCUUGUUGAUGCUGGUUUAGCUAUAAACUGUGCCUACCCUCUGAUGCUACAUCCAAAACGGAAAGUAGAUGUGAUCAUUUCGUUGGACUACAGUGAUGGAGAUAUUUUUGAGACAUUGACACUAGCUAAGGAGUUUGCUAAAGAAAAUCAUCUUCAUUUUCCCUCGGUGAACAAAGAAGACAAGCAACCUGAAGACUGCAGUGUGUACAGCGACACCUCGACUCCAACAGUGAUUCACAUGCCCCUGUUCAACAAGGUCAACAAGAAUGAGGCGACUAUUGACAACUACCCUACUUUAAAGUCAGGAUACACUCAAGAAGAAGUUGACAAACUUUUGAAGAUAGCCAAAGAAAAUGUCACACGAAAUAAGGAAAAAAUAUUGAAAGCAAUCAAGAACAAGAAAUGUGCACAACAAAUUGACCCUGAGAACUCUGGAGGCUGCUGUCUAUCUUAAAUAGACAGUCAGACCCUCCAUUGCCACACAGUCACACUCCUCUCAUCGCCUUCGGUACUGAAAUUUCUUGGUGUCACAGGUUUUGGGACACGGGGUGUCAAGUUAACAUAAAGGCCCUCUGCUUUCAGUCUGUUAGUUUCACUCUCUGUUUUCAACACCCAUCAUUAUGUCUGUGUCAUAAUUGUCCUAAAUUGAAUUAUAUCUCCAUAUAUAAAACACGUGUAGUGCCCUCUAGUUUAUUUGUUAAAUGUGUUUAUGUAAUGCACGACACGGUGGCGCAGUGGUAGCGCUGCUGCCUCGCAGUUAGG